UAUAGCCUUACUAUGAAAAGAAAAGUAAUUACAAAAUAUCAGCGUAUGAAUACGUCGGGAACCGGAAUGAUUGAAAUCGAGAGAUUUAAAAAAUGUUCAAAAACUUUCAUCAUCAAGAACAGCAAGAAAUAUACAGACUAUAAAUCAUUUUUUAGUUAUAUUUCAGAUAAGCUAAUUUCUAAGUUGAAAAAAUCAUGUUUAAAUACAUCGAUAAAAUUUAAUAUACAUGUUGACACUGUUUACGAACGUCCAGUAACCCAUGAUAUUCAGGAUAUGGCUUUUAAAACUUCAAACAUUUUAGCAUGUAGUUCAUCUGAUUUUACUAUUUUAUUGAACAGAAUGUUUAAUAAAAUAUUAACUGAGGAAUCAGAAUUUAUUGCAAAAGGUUCAGGUUGGUCACUUGUAUCAAUAGAUGGGUUACAAUUAAGAAUUAAUUUAGUAAACCCUUUGAAAGGAAGUUCAUAUAUUGAUUUACCUAUAUUUAUAAAAAAAAAAAAAGCCAUUAUAAAUGUUAGAAAUAAAGAUGAAUAUUGUUUUAAAUAUUCUAUACUUAGCAAAUAUGAUAAACGUUCGAAUAAAUCACGAUUUAACCAAACGUAUUUCAAUAUUCUAGAAAAAAAAAGUGGAUUAAAUUUUAAAUGUAUUGAUUUUCCGACACCAAUAAAACAAAUAAAAAAAUUUGAACGUCUAAACAAUGUUUCAGUUAAUAUUUAUAGUUUAAAUAAUAAAAGUAAUAUUUUUCCUUUAUGUAUAAGUAAAAUAGAAAGAAAAAAUCAUUUUGAUCUAUUUUUAUACAAUAACGAUAAAACAUUACAUUAUUGUUAUAUUAAAGAUUUCUCAAGAUUUAUUAGAAGUCAGAAAACUAAAAAUUGUUCUAAGUUAAUUAUUUGUAAGAGAUGUUUUACAAUUUUCGGGAAUAAACCGUGUAAAAGUAAACUUUGGGGUGAAGAAGGAUUGAUUAAACAUAAGCAAAUGUGUGAUAAGAAUGAAUUAGGAAGACCAAUAAUGUUUGAAGAAGGAAAAGAUGAUGAAUUCAUAUAUUUUAAAAGUUAUAAAAAAACCAAUAGAAUACCGUUUGUUGACUAUGACAGUAUAACAGAAAAGCUAUUGCAUCAAUUUAAAAUUCCAACAAAGAUAAUAAUGUAUAGAGGUAAAGAUGCAGCAAAAAAGUUUAUGGAAAAUAUGAUCGAUAUUGGAAAAAAGAUAAAUGAUGUAUAUGAAAUUAAUAUACCAAUGACUACAUUGACUGAAACGGAAGAAAAACAAUUUCAGAGAGCGGAGGUUAGAGAUCACUGUCAUUUUACUGGUAAAUAUAGACAAUGUCUUUGUCUUAAAUGUAAUUUUGUAAUAACUAAUCCAUCAUUUGUUCCAAUUUUUUUUCAUAACUUAUCCUACGAUAGUCAUUUUAUAAUUCGAGAACUUGGUUGUGAUAAUAAUGAUAUCCAUGUUAUUCUGAAUUCAUCAGAAAAAUAUAUAUCCUUUAGCAAAGAAAUUGCUCCCAGAUUUAGUAUAAAGUUUGUUGACACAUUCCGUUUUAUGGCCUCCUCAUUAAGCGAACUUGCAGAAAAUUUGUCCGAAGAUAAAUCAAGGUUUAGAGAAACUCUAAAAAUAUUUUCUAAUAAAAAAUUAGAUUUAGUCACACGAAAAGGGGUUUUUCCUUAUGAAUAUAUUGAUAGUUGGAGUAAAUUAAAUGAAACUCGUUUGCCUCCGAAAUCUGUAUUUUAUAACUCUUUAAAAGAUGAAGAAAUUAAUGAUGAUGAUUAUUCUCAUGCUAAAAAAAUAUGGAGAGUAUUUGAUUUAAAAACUUUGGGUGAAUAUAGCGACCUUUACUUGAAAACUGAUGUAAGUAUAUUAACGGAUGUAUUUGAAAAUUUUAGAGAUUUAUGUUUAUCUACUCUUAAACUAGAUCCUGCUCAUUAUAUGACUGCUCCAGGAUUUGCUUUUGAUUGUAUGCUUAAAUAUACUAAGGUUAAAUUAGAAAGAUUAAAAGACUUUAACAUGCUUUUGUAUUUCGAAAAUUCGAUCCGAGGUGGAAUAACUCAAUCAACUAAAAGAUAUGCUAAAGCGAACAUACCAAACAUUAAAGGUUUGAACUAUAAUCCGAAUAAACCAAUUACAUGGUUAACGUAUCUCGAUUGCGUGAAUUUAUAUGGAAAGUCGAUGUUAACUGAACUACCUUUUAAAGAUUUUGAAUGGGUUGAUGACUUGGAUAUAGAUGUUACAAAAAUUCCAAACGAUUCAAAACCUGGUUAUUUCAAAGAUGAAAUGGGUGGAAAAAUUUUAAAAGAAUUUGUUUCAUUAAGACCGAAAUUAUACGCUUACAGAACUGUGGACGACAUUGAGGUAAAAAAAGCUAAAGAUUUUGAUUGGAAUGAGAUUGCAUGUCCAUUAAAUCAGCUUGCCAAAGGUCAUCCUUAA